AUGGCACCCAUCACCCCCCCGCCCGAGGGCUGGGCCACGGCUGCCGAAUGGCAGUCUCAGAAAGAGACCAUCACCACUCUCUACAGAGACCAGAACAAGACUCUCAAGGAGGUCAUGCAGCUCAUGGCCGACAAGCAUAACUUUUAUGGCAGCGUCAAGAUGUACAAGUCCCAUAUCCGGAAAUGGGGAAUUGAUAAAAACAUGAAGGCGCGCGAUGCUGCGGAGAUCAUCCGCCAGCAAAAGGCACGCGCCGCCUUGGGCAAGUCGUCUGUCGUCUAUAUUCGCGGCAAGCGGAUAGAACCCAGCAAGAUGCAGCAGUAUCUCGCCCGAGCGUCCGCCACCGUCACCACGCAGAUCUUUGACGACUCGCCAGAAGAUACCACGUCAACGUCGCCGUCAAGGCCAAACUUUGUCGUCUGUCGUACGCCAUCGCCAGAGCCGGCAGACUCCGUCUUCAUCCCUCCGCGGCUUGACGACCCCAAUGAUCUGAGGGUACCGCAGGAAUGCAUGCACAUUCUGCGAAAUUAUGUGUCCGGCGGGUUUGAAACGGGGAAAUGGAAGCUCGACCCGCAAAUCGGAGGCCCAGACACAUACAACUCACUCGCAUGGCUCGGCAAUCUCAACACCGCGCGUGACUUGAUCCAGGGCAAGCGGAUAAAACAAGGUUUCCAUCUCCUCGGCAUAUGUCUUGACCAGUACAAGCUUCAUCUGCGCGAACCCGACGCCGACUUCUGGAUGGUGACCUAUGCGGCUGCCGUCGGUCUCGGCCAGAGCGACGCAAAGCUUGGCGACAUGUUUAUCGAUUAUGCCGCCAAGCUGACGAACGUCGUCCUACCGAGCAAUCAUCCAUUCUCGCUCCUCUGGGCACGACUAUUGACACUUCGAAUGCCAGGCAUCAAGCAGCAUGGCGCUGCGGUUAUAAAGUCCUACGUCGACACAUGUGGGCGGUACUUCACUCCACUGAACCCGAUACGGACUCACGGUCCCCAAGGCAUGUACUAUGCUCUGCACAUGCUCGGGCUCUUAUCACUGCAGGACUUUGAGAUGCUCAGUGAGCAGGGCUACCGGGAGAGCGGCGUUAUCGAGUACGGGAAGAAGAAGGUCAACCUGAGGCAAGGAGCGAUUGCGGCCAUGUCCAACAGGACAGAAGAGGCCGACCAACACUGCGACGAGGUCGUUCGCUGGCUUGACACAGAGCCAAAGGAUCUCUGGAGCGAUAUGCGCCUGGAGAUACAUUGGAUCCGGUUCCAAAUAUACGCGGGGAGGCCACAUGAGGUCUGGCCAGUUGCCAAGAAACUUGCCGAAUAUUGCAAGGAAGCAUACGGACCCGGACACUACAACACGGCAUACACGAUAUCCACACUUGAAUCUUACUUCCGCCAGGUUGGCAACGAAGCAGCAGCCGAAGACCUGCGGCGGGAUUUCGAGUCACAAUGGAAGUUGCUGUGCAAGAAGGCGCGCUACUUUAAGCGGUAG